AUGCCGCUCCUGGCGCCAUCGCCGCCGCUGCAAGUGGCCGCCAGCAGCUUCUUCCGGCUCGAGUGCGACCACGCGCAGCUCUUCCACGCCGAGUACAAGAGGAGCAACCGCACCAAAGGCCUCAAGAUCCUGCGCUGCUUCCCUCACUGCUGUCCGGAGCAUAUUGACCGCAGCUACUGCGGAUCUUCCCUCAGCGUGAGCGUGCGACUAGCGGAACGUCCGGCUGGAAGUGCCCCACCCGAACCCCCUCCCAGCGAGGUGCUAUCCGUGUUCGCCCGCUUUGAGGCGGUCAGCGACGGCGUGCAAACAGAGACCAACCUGGACCGUCAGUGGAUCGCCGGGGUGCUGGACCGACCUUCGGCCAUGGUGGCGUCCAUUCGCGCACCUGAUACCUCCUCCUCCACUUCUUCAGCGGAGCAGGUCCGGCCUCUGGUCUUUCACCUAAACAGCAAAGCCUUCUCUCGCUGGUACUACGACUGGGAGAGCGGCGCCAACAAGGCCCAGAGACUCAUGAAGCACGUACUUAAGGCGUACGUCGUGGAACGCGUUGCCGUGGAUAUGGACGACAACUUUACCACCAUCUCCAGCCGAGAGGCCUUCACGCAACUCUACCGCGUGUUGCAUGUGGUCACGUCGCCGGAAUUGGACAGUGAAGUGGUGCACCCGCUCGAGGACAAGCUGUUCUGGGAACACGCCAAUGCCAAGUCCGUGGCGGUGUCGAAGAACCUGGCGCUGCUGUUCGCGUUCCUGCGGUGGGCCCCGCUGGGGUUUUAUGCGCCGUUCGUGGACGAGCUCACGCUGCUGCGAGUAGCGUCUCAGGCCGCGCUUUGGCUGUACUCGAGGGAAACUCGACGCUGGCUGCGGACGUUUUUCCGACAGUAUGCGGCGUGUGUGCUGAACAAGAACGAUCUGCGCGCGUGUUUCCUGCAGUUCCUGCACGAACUUGAAGAGCAUUUGAACACGGAGGUGUUUGCAGCCACAACUCUGAAGAGUUUAGACAAUGUUGCAGAGGAGGUCAUUGCCGCAGUGUAUUCCUGCGACUAUUUUCACGACCGACGGCCGUUCGUGAGGCAGAUUUUGGGCGGUCAGGGUUUCGCCGGCUGGAACAUGUUCGUGGCGCAGAUGCGCGAUUCAUUCAUUGGCUCCACGAGCCUUCCCCAAGGUUUGUAUGUACCGGAGAGCAACGCAAUUUUCUCGUCGGUCUAUCCUCCUCAUAACGCAAUUGAGAGAAGCUGGAAUGGAGAAUGGUUCCUGAACCUGGAGGAUUCACGCUGGGAAAUCGGUGACAAGAGUGCUUCUGCUGGCAAAACGGGCCAAGAUGUCUCUCUCCGGGUUCGAUCGAUGAGAGGUGUAGCUGGGAGAUUUGAUUGCAUGCAUGUAAUAUUGGACGGCAAGGAUCGAGUGUUUCGCCUGUUUCCGAAUGGGAUCGCGUCUAGCGCUGGAAAGGGGUCUUGCGGAGACUAUGUGGGGAAAAUGCGCGUGGAUAAACCAGGACGUCUACUUGUGUUCCUUGAGACUUUCGUGUGGGCUUUGGAGGAGGUCGAUCAAUCGUAUCACAUACGCGCACGCAUCGAGCACCUGGACGACGGUCGCCUCUCGAUCGACGGAGACAUUCUGGCUACAACGGGAUCAUUCACAGCCGAGGAGAUGCCGUACGUGGCAGAAAUGUCCUUGCGAACGAAACGCAAAUCGGUCGGGAAGGCGAAUGCAAGACGCUCCCAUGCUUCCGGCGCAUCGACGGACGGAAUCGUGGCAGCUUGGAGGGGGCACAGCAAAUUUCAUUUGAGCUAUCGCAAGGUGGUCUGA